UUUCAAGAUGGGGAUUUCAGACGGGAAGCACAAGAUUGUCCUACAGAAUUAUCUUAAAAGUUUGUAUGGCUGACUGAAGUUCAUGUUACAGAUGUUCGAAUGAGCUUCGGCUGAAACUGGCGUUAUGUAGCAUGCUGAAAUACUGGCAGCUCAAUUUUCAAGAUAUCUCACACGCAGAAAAAUGAAUAAACCAAAACAGGGGAAAUGAAUUUUUUGAGAAAGAAGUUUGGAGCAAAAGAACCGUCUGAGGAUGGACCUCAGCUGCACCAUCUUAGAAGGCUGUUUUUGGAAUAUUUACAUCCAAGGGAGUCCACGGUUUUGGAGGAACAGGAGGUAAAGCUGUACCAGAUGCUUCCCCUGUUCCUUCGAGUUUUCUCAGAUUCAGAUACACUGCACAUGUCGGAACGUUUCAGUGAUGUCCUCCAGUUUGCCGGUCAUAUUUCUAAGCUGCUUGUGAAUGAGAUUCAGAGGAGAGUGUCAAACAAAACAAAGCAAAGGGCUGUUAUUGAUGUUAUUGAGUUUUUGAUUGAAAAACAGAAUAAGGAGGAGAAUCAUGGCUGGAAUUUGUUGUCUACUCUGAAUAUUCUAUCAUGUGGAGAAGUUGCUAUUGUUGAAUGUAUAGUGGCAGCGGCAUUGCCUUCAGCAUUUGCCAAGAUGUUGAAUCUGUUUUUUUCUUUGAAAGUUUGCUACUUCGAGGAAACAAGUUUGAACAAGGUCCAAAAGCUAAUUUUAUCAACUUUUGUCAAAUUGUGCAAUCAUCCAGUGACAGCCAAAGAGCUAAUUAGGACAAACGAUUUAGCCACUCUCUUUGAUGCAUUAACCUGCAGUUGUGAUCCUGUACACUUGUUGUGGAGAGCUGCAGUCUCCGAAGUACUUACAGCUAUAACAAGAUAUUGCUUAACAAAGGAAGUUGUUGAUUACAUAGGGGAUAAAAGGUGCAUUGCAUUGAGCAUAUCAAACAUAAAAGCAAUGUGUGUAAAAAAUCCAAUUGCCAUUGUGGAGAUGUUGGUCACUUUGAUAUGUGUCUUGAGAGACUCAGCAGAAGUUUCAUCAGUUCUUCUUGAUAGUUUCAAAGAAUGUGGAGGGUACACAUUUCUUUCAAAUCUGCUUGUUGAUUUCUACAGCAGUGAAGACCAUGCAGUCAAUGAAGCUAGUCGCAACCUUGUUAUACUUAUUUCCUCAUUGGCUUUAAGUGGACCAAAGGCAAUCAAAAUCCCUCCAUCGAUGGACUUCUGUUUUCAAGAUGAUGGCUUCACCUUACCAGCUCCUGCAUCUGUUUCAGGUCUCACAGUCAGGAAUUUGGAUGCAUUCAUCGUUUUGCAGGAGACUUUUCUUCAGUCAAGAGAUGAAGAGCUCUGCCUACACAUUCUCCAUGCUGUACAGAACAUCUACAACUCAGAUGCAUGGAACUUCUUUGUUCUCAGUAACUUGCACACACUGACCCAAUUCAUUGAUAAGGCCCCAACAAAGACAAGGGUGGUUCAAGCUGAGACGUUCAAGCUUAUUGAGUUUGUCGCAUUGCAUCUACAGUGGAUACCAACUCAAGAAUUAUUGACUUUGGGGAUACUCUUCAAGGACACAAACUUAACGGAAUGCCAAACUGUGGCUCUUCACACUUUAAUUCGACUGAUCAACCAAAACGACAAAUUCAAAAAUGUUUUUAGAGAAGUUGGAAUUUUAGAAGUAUUAAUCAAUUCGCUAAGAGAGUUUGCUGAGAAAAUGAAAGAGAUGUAUGGAUCAAGCAGUGAAGAUCUGGCAGGCAUUAACAAAGACGAAAUAAUGACUGAUUUCAUAUUCCUGUUAAUGGAAUGUCUCAGGCUCCUGAUUGAGAACAACACUGCCAAUGCCGUUUGCUUUCGUCAAUUCAGCGGUGCAGUCUACGCCCAUAGUUUGAUAUCAUUCCGAUGCGCAAGACCGUACGCGCUGAAAAUAGUCCAGCAGUUGAUUGUUGAUGGUGGUCGUGAUGAUCUUGGAACCUUACUUUGUCUAAUGCACACCACCAAAAAGACGUCAGUAAAGUUAAAAAUCGAUGCUUUGAAUUCGAUGUUGAAGAUUUUUGCAAUGAAUGGACAGACACGAACUGUGUUCCAAGAGGUUUCUGGCUUCGUAUACGUUGUUGCUGUCCUUGUCAGUCUGGAAGGAAGUCUAGCCGAUCCUGCCAUAGGAGUCUGGGCCAAUGUUGACAGGUCCUUGAUAUUGGAGCUCAUUUGGACAAUAUUUCAAGUUUUGACUGCAGCGAUGCAGGAUGAGCCAAGCAACCGUGUAAUUUUCAUGGACGAGGUGCGAUUCAAAGGGUUGACUGAAACCUUGAAGCUUCUAGGAUGUUUCAAGAAAGUUCGUACGGAACUGCCUCGGGUAAAAGGACCUAAGUACAUACCGGUUUCUUGCUUAAACCAAAUGCCCCUGCUAAUGCUUUCACGUAGAAGCGGAGAUAUAAAAAUGAUUGUGUUUAAAUGUCUGACAAGCAUGGCAAGCAGCUGUUUUGAGAACUGGGAUGUUGAUGACGAAGCGGAUGUGCAGCAGAGGUCAUCAGUCAGUGUUCGAAUACCGCGGAUCGUGCAUCCUGGUGCAAUUGGUGCGGGAAUAGAGCUGUUGCCAUCGCUAUGGGAGGAUGAAGACGACACAGAUGAAGCUGGCGAAACGUUUUCAGAGCAGCCUCAAACCAAGAAGCCGUUACCUCGAGUUCUAGUAAAUGUGAUCAGUCAGCUGCAGCAGAUUCUUGGUUCUGAUCAAAACCAGCAGCUGCUUUGUGAUGCCGGCAUUCCAUUCCUGCUGCUGACAAAAUGCAGAGAAUCCUUUCUGGAUGAUGACCAUCCGUUGAAUGCAGCAAUGACCAAACUGUUCGAACGAUUGACGUCACAGUCAAUGCAACCUGAAGUUCUAAGGACCUUCCUUAGACUUGGAUCCCCAUUAUGCUGCAGUUCUCCUUACGCAAUGCUUCGUUCAUUUGCUGACAAGCGCCCCUUUGACUUGAAUGGCACAGAAAACAUUGAUUUGAAUAGAAGUUUAAACGAAAGUAUGAAUUUCGACGAGAGGCAAAGAAAACAGUCGAUUUCACUAAGAAUAUUUGACGGAGAUAUUCGCUUAUCAUGUAGCGGUGGAGGAACAUCAACAGUAUUAUUUGAAGAAAAUGAGAUGGAUUCAUACUUGGAUCCGGAUAAAAUCGUGGAAGAUGAGAAGGAAGAUGAGAAGGAACAAGACGCGCCUGCAACCGACAGCAUUUCCGUUUCGUCUAUAGUUGAACUUGAUCAUGAGUUCGAGGCAUCGGAUGUUUCAGAGAAUAAGAGCUUCGAUUCCAUUGAGGGAAUUAUUACCGACCUUGAGGGAACUAACGAUAGUCAGGAACAUACCGAGUAUAAAGAUAAGGAAGUAUUGCCUUCAAAGAACCAAAAUGGGGAUUCAGAAAGUUACGGAUCGGACACAAAAGAUGUUAAUGAAGGGAGGGAGGAGGACCUAACAACAGGAAAAGUAAUGAUUCAUGAUGAGAAGAAAGAUCUUAAUGUUGAAAGACAAGUGGAAGAGAAACCAGUUGCCAAAAAUGUAGGAACAGAAUCUGUACCUUACAAUGGUGAUGCUUUGGUAGAAAGAAAAGGGGAGAAAACGGAACCGGGCCAGCUUUGCAAUUCAACCAAUUCUGGGAAGAAUGGGACAAAGUUUAGAAGAAUGGAUAGUUAUAGUAGCAAUCGAAUGAUUUCAAAUGACGAGGAGAACUCUCUGAAGAAUAAUUUGACUUUGUUUUAUGAAAGAGAACUGAACAGGCUUUGCGAAAAAUUAGAAGGAAAACCGCCAUCGCAAAAUAUGAUCAAAUGUUUAGUGUCAUUGACAACCCCAAAAGAUUUACUUUCCGUUGCAGCUUGUGAGCAACCCCCGUUUGUCGAGUUUGAUAUGAGCCACGAUGGUUUCGGUUUCUUGUACCUAGGAAAUCUUGCACCUAUUCUUUCCACAGCAAACCUAGGUUUGACUUCGGGAUAUCUUCCCAGCGAGUUAGCGUCGAUCGGUGCCAGUGGACCUGUGUCUUCAGGUGCCUUUACAGAACGAGCGUUCCCUCCGGCAAUUGGUCUCACUUUCUCCUCCUGGUUGUUCAUUGAGAGGCUUCCUACGCCAUCGACUUCCAAUUUAUUGCGACUUUUCAGUAUUCAAAGGACGUUGGUGUUUGGAACUCCUGGCAAAAGACAUUCUGUUAAAAUCUUCACUAUUUUUCUUGAUUUGGAAAGCAACGAAAUUGUGGUAACAACUGACAAAGACAUUGGUCCAACCGGUCGUAGUAACACUCCUAAGUCCAGCAACCAGUUGCGUGCUAAGAACGAAGACAUGUUUUAUGAAGGAAACUGGAACCUCAUCAGUGUCGUUUUGAACAAGAGCGUCGUUCGCAAAAGCACCGCGUCUAUUUACGUCAAUGGAUCUUGCAUAGUCAGCACUUCCAAGUUUCGCUACAUCGACUCUCGAUUGCCAUCUGGUAUUGAUAUUACGUCAUCAAGAAUUUCAGCCGUCCUUGGAACACAUGCAACACAAUGCCACAUAUCAGAUCUCAUUUGGAGGCUUGGGCCGACAUGUCUAUUGGAAGACCCAUUGAGUGAUGACGCUAUCAGCAGCAUUUACAAGUUAGGACCAAGUUAUAAUGGGUGUUUUCAGGCCCCGAUUAUCAGCGAGUAUUAUGAGGAAAGUGGUGAUGACGAGUCACAGGGUGCGUUGGUGCCUGAAGAGAAAGUCAUAUUUAUGCUGAAUGCGGAAAAUGUUUGCUCCACCACCCUUGCUAAGCUCAAAAGCCAACACUCAAAUCAGGAGGCAAGGGCCAUCUCAGAGGAGACAAAUAUCAUGGAGGACGACCGUUUCACUCCCAUUGUCGUCAUCAACAAUUCAGCACGUUUUUUCCAAGGCCCUGCUAGAACUCUAGGAGCUGCUGUCAUUGGCGCGAGUGGGGCACGCUCCUUUUGUCCACGUGAUCUUGCGUCAGCGGUCAUGUCAGUGGGAGGGAUGCCGAUACUUUUGAGCUUGGUUGCGAUGGCGGGUAACCUGGAGGAGCUCUAUGCGUCACUGAAAGCACUAACCUGCAUUGUUCAGAGUAGCAGGCUGGCAAGAAAGGAGAUGGUCAGAAUCAAAGGAUAUCAGAUUCUAGGAUACCUGUUAAAAAGGAAAGUCUGGCUGCUUAACACACAUAUUUUGCACCUGAUAUUUUCCUUGGUUGGAACAGUAAGAAGCGACAAGGAGCUUGGCUCCAUACCAAACACAGUUGCUUUCAAUGAUCUUCUCUGCAACUUUGAGAUAUGGCAUAAUGCACCAAACGAUUUGGAAAAGUCGCUCUUCUCUCAUUUCUUUGAACUUCUCACGCAAGGAAGUGAAUGUGAGAAAAACCUGAGCUGCCUGAGGUCUUUAGACUGCGUUUCCAAGUUGUUGCACGUUCUUCAAGAUGGAAAGCCACCUGACUCAACCCUGCAGACGAUCUGUAACAUUCUCUGCCUCCUCCUCCGCAAAAGCAAUCGGAACAAAGACCUUUUGAGGUUCGGUCAAUUUCUUGCAAGCACACUCUCUACAAGUAACGAAUCUGACAUUGAUCUAAAUUGCUCCUUCUCAGCAACCACGUAUUUAGCAUCGGAACACGGAACUGUCGUCAUGCGAAAUUCAUUGCUAGAUGUUCUGCACGUCCUUCUGUGUGAUUCUGGAUUUGGUCACAAUAUUGACCAAAGUUUCUGCGAAAAGCUUCACGACGUUCUUGGGUUCGAUUGGAUAAUGCUUUUCCUCCUCGGCAAUUUGAACAAGAGCACGGUGAUUCGAGCUGCAAGAAUUCUGUUUAUAAUCUUAGGCCACUCACCAUCUUUGAAUGCUUUUAAAAGUGGGACGUCCAAUGGAGGCUGGCUGAAAGAAAGUCAUCUUGUUUUAAGCAAGCGGACCAAAUUUGCCGCAGGAUUUGCCGUUCCUGACUCGGAAACGAAACAACAUGAGCUGGAAGUGAACUUUGAAGCCAGUACCUUCAAGGGAUUCAGUGUUCUAAUGACAUCUUUUGAAGACCACAUCAAUCUGGUUGAGUUGUAUUACCUGCUAAUUGCCCUGCUGCUUGGCUUCCCAACAGCAAGUGUUCCUAAAGAUUUGAAUUUUUCACUUGAAAACCUCGUGUUGAUUUUCCGGCCAAGUUUUGAGAGGACGAAUUCGUCGAAGGAAUUGUCAGUUUAUUGCCCUGAAAGUGCUCUUGUGCUCCUCCACAUGCUUCGCAAAGUCAUAAAUGAGACUCCGCAAGACGAAAUCCCAGCCGCCACGAAGGAGCCAAACUCUCUGCCUGCUGUGGUUAUUCAGUAUUUGGAAUUUCUUUAUGCAAACAUCAAAUCAUUUGGGACUUUCUGCACGGAAAAGAAGUUCCUGCAGUAUCUAGCUGCAGCUUUGUAUCCAUUGGAGUCGAAAGAAGAUUCCUUUGAGACCGAAGAAGACGACGAGCAAGCCGACUCUAGCACAAUGACAAACCAUCCUUGUCGAUCAAGAAUUAUAAGUUUUGUCAAGCAUAUUUUAAUGGACGGAGUCAUAUUAUCCUCUUCAAAGUCGACCACACUCCUUGAGACUGCUUUAGAGGCCUUUCCUGCAAGUUCAAAUGUAGAUGUCCUGCGAGAGUACCAAUCUGAUGUUCUGUUAGCAGUGAUUAAUGAUGUCUUAGACGGCUCCCUGCUACAAGUAGGGUCUUCAAAACACACCAGUUUGUCAAAAUACGCCCAAAAUAUCAACGCGUUUGCGUCAAAACUGGUCGAUAAACUUUGGCUAGGAAUUUUUUCCAAAGACUACGAAAUUCUGUUUGGCUUUCUUCUAAAGAUGAUCGACAAAUACGAGGACGCCCGCGUGAAUCCCGAGCAUUUAUUUCGAGCGAUGAACCGUGCUAUUCUUUACCAUCUCUCCAGACCCAAAAACAGAUUAACAGAUCAAACCAGUUUACUUGAGUUUUUGCACUUAUUGACGAGCAAUUUCAAGACAAUAUUUUCACCAAACAACCGCGACGGAGAGUUUAUUGCGUGUUUAACCCAUUGGCUCCUCGUGAUUGGCCUCGGCAAAAUCAAAACCGAUGUUGAUGUGGACGGGAUUUCAUUGCGAAGCGAAGACCUCGAUGAGAAGCAAGUUGAGCAAACUGAAGAAGAAGACGAGAUUGGCUUCGUUGACUUGGUGUCUUCUGCAGCCAAACGAGUGUGGGAUGUGUUUUACCAACAGAAAAAGGAUGAAAUAGCAGAUGUUUUCAGAGUCCAUUCCUUAACGCCCAGUUUCACAUCAUACGAAGAAGUAGGUGCGGGAAGGUCAAUGACGCUCGAUUUAGAUUCAGCAAAGAGUUUGUUUGGAGAGCAAUGCAUGCGGUUUUGGAUAAAUUUUAUUACUGUUGAAACGAAGAAAAAGAAUGAAGUUUUUUCAUUUCCGCAGCAGCAGCAAGCCACGCGUAAUCCAGUUACGAGGAUUUCGAUGAAGUUUCGCAAAGAGAAAGAGGCAGACGAAAAGUUUACAGUCAAGGAAUCCUUAGGAUGGAUUUCACGGCACUCAGUCGUUGUCAAGGCGGUUAUCCGAUAUUACUACGAGCGGCAUCAGCAGGAGAACUCGCUGAGUGGCCAGUCCGCUGAAAAGAGCUGGUAUGCUAUGGAGAAAGAGUUACUGCGAGAAAGAGGGAUCUGGGGACCAGAGGAAGCGAACCCGCUGAACAAGUGGAAACUUGACCUAACCGAGGGUAUGGUUUACUUUAUUUCGCCCGAUUUCGAAUACAUAAACAAAAUGAUUGCUGUUGGAAAACAAAUCAAGCAACUUAAAAUAUCACUUUCAGAGAACUCGCUGAGUGGCCAGUCCGCUGAAAAGAGCUGGUAUGCUAUGGAGAAAGAGUUACUGCGAGAAAGAGGGAUCUGGGGACCAGAGGAAGCGAACCCGCUGACCAAGUGGAAACUUGACCUAACCGAGGGUCCGCGACGCAUGAGGAAGCUGAUGUGCAGACAUGAACACUUCUAUUCCGUGUAUCCGUACAGAGAUGGCAAUUUGAAGGAACAGGUAUCCAAGAACAGAGCCGCCUACAGCCAUGAUAGCAAAUUACUUUACAACAUUUGUCAGAAGUAUUUGGAGAAUGAUCUAGGAGAGACAAGAGGUAGAUCACAGUCGUUUACGUGGAGCCCUACGCAAUGCACCAUAGAAGGUCUGGAAGGAGAAACACCGGAUGUACAGGUGAAUAGUCAGACAAUUGUGCAACUGCUGGAAACUGGCGAAAAGAUUUACUCCAUGUACCGCUGCGCACGGCUGCGUGGCCUGGACAGCUCCGAAGGACUUUUCCUGUUUGGUCGGAGUCACUUUUACGUCAUCGAUGGCUUUACCUUGCUGACGACAGAAGGAAACAAAGGCACUGGUGACAUCAGGGACAUUGAUUCUUUGCCAGAAGGAACUCAUGAGCCGCUGAUUCCAGUUGCAAAAGGCAACACCACUAUGGAAAGAUCCUUUUCAAAAUGGUCCUACGAUGAUAUGAAAGAAGUUCAUAAACGUCGAUAUUUGCAGCAGAACAUUGCGAUGGAAAUGUUUUCAAAUGAUGGAAAUAAUCACUUGCUUGUUUUCCCAAAGAAAAUUGCUAGAGACAAGGUGUAUUUACGGUUAACACGUGGUGCAUCCUCUCAGUUAUCAAGCCCUGAAAAUUCAAUUGCUGGCAUGCGCGCUGAUGCAGAUGUCGAAUCCGGAUACGGGUUCUUUGGUGGUUUGAUUGGCGAAAAGCACGUCACGCAACGAUGGGAGCGUGGCGAGCUGAGCAACUUCCAGUACCUGAUGUACCUCAACACUUUGGCGGGUCGCUCCUACAAUGACCUCAUGCAAUAUCCAAUAUUCCCAUGGAUUAUCGCAGAUUAUGAUAGUGAGGAGCUUGAUUUGACGAACGAAGCGACCUUCAGAGACCUUUCAAAGCCAAUGGGCGCACAAACGGAGCACCGGUUAAGACAGUUUGAAGAACGAUACAGGAGCUGGGAAGACCCCCAGAACAAGACCCCUCCUUAUUACUACGGAACACACUAUUCAUCAGCAAUGAUCGUUGCUUCAUAUUUGAUUCGACUUGAGCCAUUCACGGAACAGUUUCUUCAACUUCAGGGCGGUCAUUUCGAUCUACCAGAUCGUCUAUUUCACAGCAUCAAAGAAUCGUGGCUGUCGGCCUCGGAGCAUACAAUGGCAGAUGUGAAGGAGCUUAUACCAGAAUUUUUCUAUUUGCCUGAGUUCCUGGAAAACCAAAACAAGUUUGACCUAGGGAAGAAACAAAAUGGAGACCUGCUUGGAGACGUUGUCCUUCCUGCAUGGGCGAAAAAUGAUGCAAGGGAGUUCAUAAGACUACAUCGAAAGGCCUUGGAAUGUGAUAUUGUCAGUGCUCAUUUGCACGAAUGGAUCGACCUCAUUUUCGGAUAUCGACAGCAAGGCGAUGCGUCAAUCGAGGCUCACAAUGUAUUCUACCACAUGUUUUAUGCCGGGGCUGUAGAUUUGAGUCAGAUUAAAGACCCCUUGGAAAAGAAGUCAGCCAUUGCAGUCAUCAACAAUUUUGGCCAAAUGCCUAAACAGCUAUUCAAAAGGCCACAUCCAUGCAAGAAGACGCUUAAGGUGCAAGAUCUUGGAUCUCAAACAGGCACUUUGCCCCAACAACAAACCUCACUCGUGAAUGAUCGACUAUUUUUCAAUAACUUAUCGAGCCUUGUUCCUUCUGUGCAGCCCGUCAAAGAAUUGCGUGCUGCUGUCGGCCAAAUUGUUACAACUGAAAAAAGUCUUUUUGCUGUUGAUGCCAACAAGGUUCUGCUUGCACCUCAUUUUAAUCGAUACAUCUCAUGGGGACAUGCCGAUUUUAGCCUUAGAUACUGUUCCACUGACGACAAGAUUCUAAAUGUUUUCGAGCAAGUUUUUGUUGGACGGAUUUUGUGCGCCGCGUCCCUGGAUCAUGGCGCGUUUGUAACUGGGGGAACAAGCACGGCCCUUUGUGUUUGGAAAAUCGAAAAAUUCAAAGAGAGAAAUCAUCGACUAAAGUUAACGAAGGCCCUGUAUGGACACAAAGCCGCCAUUACUAGCAUAGCUACCUCACUGACGUACAAUAUAAUGGUUACUGGAUCAGAGGAUAAAACCGCUAUCAUUUGGGAUGUGCGAAAGCUUUCCUUCAUCAGACAACUGCCAGAGCACCAAGGAACAGUUUCUUGUGUUGUCAUUAAUAACCUGACGGGAGACAUUGUGACGUGUUCAUCGACAUGGCUGUAUGUGUGGUCGAUAAAUGGAAUACCAAUCCUUCAUGAAAAUAUCUCAAGCGACGUGUAUUGCCAUAUUCUUGCUUGUGCUGUCUCCGAGGUGAAUGAAUGGGACGACAACAACGUUAUUGUGACUGGGUCUGCGAACGGCAUUGUUCAGAUGUGGAGCAUCCAGUUUCAUGGUGAAACGGAAAGGCUCGAAGACCAAAGGAUGAAGGUACCCGCGACUUUGACGCAUCGGGUUGCGCAGUCGAUAGAGGAGGACAUAGCGAAGGAGGAUGACCUCCCUCAGUCUCCGAAUUCUUUCGUGAACAGCGAAGGAGACCAGACAGGAAGACUUUCGCCUUCAGCCGAAUCAGAAAAGUCAGCUGAGAGUUUUAUUCUAGUUGACCAUAAAGACGCUGUGGAGGACGCUUCUCCUUGCAAAGUUUGGAAGCGGAAACUGGUCCUUCGUGAGCGAAAGCUAACUAUGCAUACGGCGUUUGCUAGAAUGGACAACCGGGAACCUGCUCCAGUCACUGCCCUGGCGAUAUCCAAAGACCAUCGAAAGAUUUUUGUGGGUGAUGGGCGUGGUAGAAUCUACAGUUGGUCGGUAUCUGACGUUGUUGGAGCCAUCGCCGAUCAUUGGGUAAAAGAUGAAGUUGCAGAGAGGUGCAGCAAUUGUGACGUCAAAUUCUCUCUGGCGGAGAGGCGGCAUCACUGUCGGAAAUGUGGCAGAGUGUUUUGUGCAAAGUGCAGCCAAGAUAAACACCCGAUUGCUCAACUGAGCAUUUUCGUUCCAGUCAGAGUGUGCAAGGACUGUUACAGCGAACUGCGUGGGCGCAAUAGCAUUGCCCAGAGUACAUUUAAGUCAACACCCAAUGGAUAGAUUUUCUAUUUUCAUAAUUUAGAUAAAUCAAUUUCAAAUUAAAUAUAGAUUAGAUAAUACUAGUGUGCAAAAUUUGUGAAAUAUUUUUCAUAACCGUUAAAUACAAACGAAAAAGGGGCACGUUGAGAUUGUUAGCCCAAUGUCAACAAAAACGGGUUUUAAGCAUGCAACGUCCCUGCUUUGAAAUGGCCAAGAUUCUUAUUUCCAUAUUCCGAAAUAAAUUGUUUGUCAUUACAAACUAAAAUCACUAUUUAUAACGAUGAUGCCCUUACUGGGACGGCUGUUUACGCAUUUCCAAUUACGAAUUUCCAAUUACGAAUUUCCCAUUACGCAUUUAUGCGUUUUGGUUUGAUUUCCUUUUCGAAAAAGUAUCAUAGUAGAUUCUAUCGUGUAUCAUAAACAUUGUUAAUUCAAUUUCACGCGUAAUCUGUACUGUAAAUUAUUUUUGGGUUAUUUCUCGAUAUAAUUUAAGAAUUGUAAAGCAUUUCAAGUUCAUUUUGAAGUUAAAGAAAUUAUUUUUAAUGAAAUA